AACCAAAGCUAUAUCAGCUCCUGUCUUUGAAAACAAAAAACAUUACUGACUACAGAAUUUCAAGCCUUGCUGGAAUUUAAGAACGUUUAUACAGGGAGAUUCAUAGAGUGAAUUUUAAUGGCGGUUAUGGCUCCAAUUUUACACAGUGAAUUUGUAGAACAGGAGCAGUAUGUUAAAAACCCUCACCUGGACCACAUGGAGGAGGACAUCCUCUACCACUUUAACCUGGGCACCAAGACCCACAACCUGCCCGCCAUGUUCGGAGACAUCAAGUUCGUGUGUGUUGGAGGCAGUGCCAACAGAAUGAGAUCUUUUGCUCAGUUCAUCCAUCAGCAGCUGAAGCUCCCAGGGAAUGCAGAUGAUAUCAGAGAUAUCUGUGAGGGGACUGACCGCUACUCCAUGUACAAAGUGGGGCCUGUGCUUUCCAUCAACCAUGGGAUGGGGGUGCCAUCUAUCUCCAUAAUGCUGCAUGAACUCAUCAAGCUCUUGUACCAUGCCCACUGCCGUGAUGUCAUGCUGUUCCGCAUCGGCACCUCAGGAGGCAUCGGUCUUCCUCCUGGCACGGUGGUGAUCACUGAUAAAGCAGUGGACUCUUUCUUCAGGCCGCAGUUUGAGCAGGUGGUUCUGGGUAAAGUGAUCACCAGGAGCACAGAGCUGGAUAAAGACCUGGCAGAAGAACUUCUGCAGUGUUCCACCGAGCUGCACAACUUCCCCAGUAUCAUCGGCAACACCAUGUGCACGCACGACUUCUAUGAAGGCCAGGGCAGACUGGACGGUGCUCUGUGCUCGUUCUCCACCGAGGAGAAGCUGGAGUAUCUGAGGAAAGCUCAUGAAGCCGGCAUCAGGAACAUUGAAAUGGAGUCCACUGUCUUCGCCGCCAUGUGCCACAUCUGCAACCUUAAAGCGGCAGUGAUCUGUGUGACUCUGCUGAACCGGUUGGAGGGAGAUCAGAUCUCCACACCCCAUGAAGUGCUGGUGGAAUACCAGCAGAGACCUCAGUACCUGGUGGCUCAUUUCAUCAAGAAACAUUUGGCACUCAUUUAAACAUAUUCACCUUGACGUGUCCGAUCUCUUAAUUCCGGGUUUUAAAAGGUAUGGUGGUGUUUUUCCAACCCAAAUCUAUCUGUAAAUACUGUCUCUGUAGUGUGAGUCAGAUUAUCGAGGACAAUAACAUCAUGUAAUGAGAAUAGAACUGUAAAGCUGCUUUCUCAAAUACUCACCAAGCUCCUAAACAUUUAAGAGUUAAUUGAAACAUACAAAUAUAAAACGCUGAUUAACUACAACAGCCUUCAUACAAAUUAGGACAUGAAAGGGAUGAGAAACAGACAAGACAACUAAAAGCAAAAAAACAAACAAAUAAAAAAAAGCCACUGAGUAUAAAAGUUCAGUUUAAAAGUCGCAAUAGUCAUCUUUUUACGUUUAAGGUUUUAGGACUAAAUAUUAAAUUCGGGCUAAAAAUUAUAAAAACAGUGACACUGCUUAUACAAGUGUUUCAAUAAGAUCCACAGUGUGCAUAACUGUUUAGUGAUUUAGUGUAGAGGAAGACAUGUCCUCUGCUGUACUCACACACACACACACACACACACACACACACACACACACACACACACACACACACACACACACACACACACACACACACACAC